UGCUUGAGUCUUAUUCUCCUACCUGAGGUCGAUGCUCCACAACUUGGUCUGUUAGGCCAAUAUUCUGUUAGCGAUGAUUUCGCCUCUUUUCUUUCGGUUCUUGAUAAGCUAUGGAAUUUGUUAUGCUGCCUCCAAGAUUCUGCAGUUACUUCUUCUUCAUCUUCGUCCUCAUCUUCUUCGCCUUCCUCGUUGGAAUCUGGCGCUGCCGGUCUAAGUACUGCUCAAGUAGAAGCCUGGUUCCACUCAAUGUUGCAUGCAAUACUUCUCUUGGCUGUUUCCGAUACUGAAAAUGAUGGCUGCAUGAAUGUGUUCAGGGGCACCAACAUUCACGAAAAUGACGAAACAGGCAAUACCUCUGAGAAACUUGGCAAUACGAGUGAGGAUAAUAGGACUGAGUGUGAUCUAACUGCUGGCCUGUCUUCUGGUUCCAAUCUAUUGCAUCCGGUGGCUCUUGAUUCCUCUUCUACCAUCCUUCCCUCUCAUUAUUGUCACUCCAAAUCUGCCUCUUGCCAGUCGGGGCAAACUAGAGAUGCUUCUUUAACGAUAGUCCGAUCGCGUAGAUGGUGGCGCUGGUGGUGGUGGUGCCAACCAUAUUCCUUCAACGGCACAUCUUUUGAUGUCAUUUCUUCAGCGCCUUCCGCUUUAGCUUGGUCAUAUCUAGCCAACCUGCAUCAGCUUCUAGCUGAGGAAGCUGCUCGGCCUGCAGAACUACUUAUCAUGCUACCGUUGCUAGCUUGCAUCCAAGUUGAGACUAUGCCACCUAUUAUAUCUGCUUGUCUGACUCAGUUGAAUAAGGUUUCUCGUCGAUUCGACUUUAUAGUGAGCCUAUUUAAUCUCUAUCAAUCGUGGAGGCCUUUACUUACUAGGCUGUCUAAUUUCUUGACGCGUGGUCCUUAUGCUCUUCGUGCUAUUUUCUCGCAAGAACUGGCUCUGCCGAGUACCUAUUAUGGAGAUAUACCCUCACCGAUAUCAAGCACUACGUGCCUAGAACUUUUAUCAGAAAUGUUCUGCAUCUUUGUUUCUUGGUCGAGCGAACGGCAAUGCCCUCUUGAGUUAUCCUUGCUUGAGGCCCAUUUGACCUUAUUGAGCUACAGUACUCAGCCUGCCAAAGAGCUUUCAUCUUCUGCCUCUUGGUUAAAUCGACUCAUAGAUACUUGGUUCAUCCCGGAUGUGUCUGAUCCAAUACUGGCUGGCAUAGAGUCGAAUGACGCUAUUCUUUAUUAUACCUCUCACCUUCCCGAUCUUCAUCCUCUUGAUCAGUCUUUGGAGACUUCUGAAGUUGCUGAAAAGGAAGUUUGCACUGGCUCUCGUGAACAUUCUAGUACAAUUGAAUUUGUGCGCACGACUAUUGAUGGGCAGGGGCAAAGUGUACCGCUAGCCCGAUUGACGAGUCAUUUCCGCCAAUCCCUCAUUCUUACGACCCAACCAAAAUUGAUUGCUGGAGAGCAGGUUGUUUAA